CAGGAGAGUCUAAAGAAGAAAGCCCUGUGAUUCAGGACAGGCAGUUUGAUGUUAAUGCGCAAGGCCCCGAAAGAGCCGUUUUAGGCGCCGUGGAUGCUGAUCCAGAAACCGAAGAAAACAAAGAAGAAACUGGUAGCCUUUUAAAAGUUGAAAGAAAAAAUGAAACUGUGGGCGAAAUAGACAGGAAACCUGGUCAUAUGGUGGUGGAAAAAAGAAGGCAGCCCUCUGGUAGAUGAGAAAGCACAGCGGCCAUCUGAAGGCAGUGACUUUCCUGACAAGAAAAAAAAUGAGACUCCAGAGUUAGGUGAAGUGUUUGAGGAUAAAGAUCCUGAUUAUUUUAAAGAGGACAACCCUGAGGAACACCUGAACACCUCAGGGCUCACUGAGAAGCCUGGGGGAGAAGAAGUCUCAAAAGAGGACCGUGAGGACUUAGAGAAGAAAUUCAUGGACACAGAACGCCAGGGGUCUGCUUCUGGGGAACGCGAAGAUGACGUGUUCCACUGGCCUCCCCACUGGAUCGCAAAGCCCAAGCAUAGUGACAAGAUGAAGGACGCGCCUAUAAUAAGCAGCUUCUUUAAAGAACCACAGUCUUUGCAGCGGUUCCAGAAGUACUUUGACAUCCAUGAGCUGGAAGCCCUCUUCCAAGAAAUGUCACUAAAGCUGAAGGCAGCCCAGCAGGAGAGCCUGCCUUAUAAUGUGGAAAAAGUCCUAGAUAAGGUUUUCCGUGCAUCAGAGUCCGAAAUUCUGAGCAUAGCAGAGAAAAUGCUCGAUACUCGUGUGAUCAAAAAUGGAGAACUGGGAGUGAAGGAAAGUAACAUAUUUGAAGAGGCCUCGGUGCUAGAUGACGUUCAAGACCUAAUCUAUUUUGUCAGGUACACACACUCCAUAGCAGAGGAGACUGUACCCCUGGCAGCAGCAUGGCAUCCAGCGGAAGACUGGGAUAGACUGAUGCAAGACAUCCCACCACCACUUGAAGAUGAUUUCUCACAAGAGGACACAGAAGAUCUUAAAACAGAGAUUCCUGAAGAGCCCAGCUGCUUGGAUCAAUUGGAUCAACCCACGACUAGUGACGUGGGUACCUCAGAAAUGUCACAGAAGCCGAAUACUGAGAAAGACAUACACCCAGGUGCUGAGGUCUGACCUGACUGGGACGACUUCACCCGAGGUCAGAGUCGUGGAUCAGGAGUGGAUGGGACCUCAGGGUUGGAAGAGGCCUGAGAGGAGCCAGUCCAGCUUCUCACUAAUCGCUUCUCGGACUCCUAGCUGUCUAUAAGACGUGCCCCAGACCCAACUAACUCAUACUGAAAUCCUCUCCCUACCACCACCUCCUGUGGAAAUCCUUUCAGGUAGAGCUGAAAUUCUGCCUCUUCCACAGAGCUGCAAGCCAGGCCCCACCCUGUAAGCAGUUCCUUUUUGUCCCUUUGGCAUUUACCAUAUUCUGUUUUGUGUCGCUGUCAUUCAGCCAUUCAGUAAGCAACUCUGGAGUGCCUGCAGGUGCCAGACACUGUGCUAAGCACUGGUGCCCCCCGCCUUCAGGUCUGCGAACUUUCUCAUUGUUUGCCUGAAGUUUCAAAUACACUGCUUCACCACACUAAAUAAAUGUUU